ACAUCACAUUUGACAAGAAUAUUAAUUAUUAAAUACAUUAAUUGAAUUUUUCAUUUUACAAGGCUGUUCUUUUUCUUAGAGACGUAAAAUAUUGUACUGUCCUAUCUGAAAUCAAUUUAAUACAGGAUAAAUGCCAGGGAUUGGAGCUAUUUAUGAAAUCUUCCUACUAGCAAUCAGAUUUGAUUAAUAAUAUAAUCACUGGAAGAAGAGUGAUUAGUAAAAAACAACGACCAAAAAAACCUUAACAUGUUCCUAUGAGAGGGAAAAGUCAGAUUCAGUAUAUUGAGGAAUAAAUGUACUAAUUUCUUGCCCAACUUCUGACAUAAAAAAAACAAAAACUUGAAAGUAUGAGGUCCAAAAUACUUUCUGUCCCCUUGGCUUGCCGUCUGUUGCCACGGUGAUUAUGACAAGCUUCUUCGGAUUAGCCAGCCUAGUAGACAUUUAGCUAGUAGCUAAACUAACAGCAGGUAGUUAACGUUACUAAACUAACCUGUGAGAGUGAUAACCUGCAGCCAUGGCAUCUGUUUUAGAUGCUCUCUGGGAAGACAGAGACGUUAGAUUCGACAUAACAGCGCAGCAGAUGAAAACUCGUCCAGGAGAGGUGCUGAUAGAUUGCCUGGACUCCAUAGAAGACACCAAAGGAAACAACGGAGAUCGAGGACGACUCUUAGUAACAAACCUGAGGAUCAUUUGGCACUCCCUGGCCCUGCCAAGAGUCAAUUUGUCUGUGGGUUACAACUCAAUCAUUAACAUCACAACAAGGACAGCUAACUCUAAACUGAGAGGUCAAACUGAAGCACUCUACAUCUUGACAAAGUCCAACAACACAAGAUUUGAGUUCAUUUUCACAAAUGUGGUUCCAGGAAGUCCACGGCUCUUUACUUCUGUCAUUUCUGUACACAGAGCAUAUGAGACCUCCAAAAUGUACAGGGACCUGAAACUACGAGCUGCUCUCAUUCAAAAUAAGCAGCUGAGACUUUUGCCCCGGGAGCAAGUGUAUGAUAAAAUUAAUGGAGUUUGGAAUUUAUCCAGUGAUCAGGGCAAUCUUGGGACUUUCUUCAUCACAAAUGUACGGAUUGUGUGGCAUGCCAAUAUGAACGAAAGCUUCAAUGUCAGCAUUCCUUACCUCCAGAUAUGGUCUAUCAGAAUAAGAGACUCAAAGUUUGGCUUGGCCUUGGUGAUAGAGAGUUCACGUCAGAGUGGUGGCUAUGUGCUCGGAUUUAAGAUUGACCCUGUGGAUAAGCUUCAAGAUGCACUUAAGGAAAUCAACUCAUUGCAUAAGGUGUACUCUGCUAACCCUAUCUUUGGAGUGGACUAUGAAAUGGAAGAAAAGCCCCAGCCUCUGGAAGAACUCACAGUGGAACAGCUUCCUGAUGAUGUGGAAAUUGAGCCUGAUGAGCAGACUGAUGCUUUCACGGCCUACUUUGCGGACGGCAAUAAGCAACAAGACCGUGAGCCAGUUUUCUCUGAGGAGCUGGGCCUCGCCAUUGAAAAGCUAAAGGAUGGAUUCACACUUCAUGGACUGUGGGAAGUCAUGGGCUGAAACAAUGGACAUGUACAUAUAUACAGAUAUAUUAUUCAGGAAAUAAUGUAUUUAUUUAUAGCUCAGGUUAAAUAUUGUACAGCUUAUGCAAAUAUACUUUUCAUAAUAAGAAAAUACUAUAUUACAUGUGUGACAGAUUUAUUGUGGAGUAAUUUGUAUAAAGCAUAUUUUCCUCUAGUGGAUAGAAUGUGAAAUAAAAUGCAGUUCGUAUCGUUUAAAGUUAAUAAAUAAAUGUAUAUUGUAAAUGGA